CAUUUAGAUGGAGCUGUUUAUCUGACAGCUGUUUUGUAUAUCCAUAUAUCGUGUUCCAAAUGAAAAGUUUACCGAAUAAAGAGUGAUUUUAUUCACAAGUUUUUACUGAGCUGCUUUUAGUUUUUUAUUGCGUAUUGCAAUAACGAAUUUACAUGCUAAUUAUUACGUAGAUUUAGUGAGUAACCUUAUAAAAUCAAACUACUAUUUAUUCAAGGAUGUUUACUAAUCGUUCGUUCGAAGCUGUGAGUUUCAAUUCACAAGUGUCUGCCGCAAAAUCAGAACAAUCGACUAGUGUUCAGACAACGGAAAAUGUUUAUGAUGAAAAUGCUACACAAACAAUAGAAAGAAAGAGCGUUGAGACUCAAACUAUUGUUGAAGAAAAGAAAAAGCCAGAGAUAAAUUAUGAUAGAUUGGCUCAGUUUUUAAACAGAGUCACACCAAGUAUAUUAGAGGCUUUAGAUGAAUCAUAUGAAACUACAGCAUUUGAGGAUUAUGAUCCAAACACUAAUGAAGAUGUACUUACAACUACACAGCUUGUGCAAAAAAUUAGUACUAUAAGUGAAUUAGAUUCUCAGAUGAAAAUAAGUGAUGUAAGUUGGAGUAUUGGAGGAGGAACAUUGGCUGUUUCCCAUGGUAUCCCUUAUCAUGAAACAUGGUGUGAUCAUGUAUCUAAAAUAGAAUUGUAUGAUCAGACCAAGGAAGGUAGUUUCACAGAUACUCCAAGCAAAACAUUAGAAACAAAUGCAUGUGUGACAACAUUGCUUUAUCAUCCAAGUGAACCAUCCAUUAUAGCAGCUGGAUUGUUUAAUGGUGAUGUUCUUGUUUGGAAUCUGAGGAAAUCAGUGACACCAACAACAGUAUGCACACAUGGUGACUCUGUGUCACAAAUACACUGGAAAGCAAGAACUAUCAAUGAUGUGUCACUGUUAGUAAGCUCUAGCAAAGAUGGAUACAUUUAUCUCCAUACAAUGUCUAAGACUACACGAUUAAAAAUAGCCAAAGAACAUAAUCCAGUUGAAAGUUCAAGACCGCGUAGCGCAGGUGGAUCACGUGAACGUGCCGUGAUGUCUGGAUUAUGCAUUACUACCUUUGAUUUCUCGUCCAGAGAUCCCAUAAUCUUUGUUGUGGGUACUUUGUGCGGUGGAAUAUAUAAGUGUAGUUUGGAUCACGUUGCUCCUAUCGAAGGAGAUGAAACUCUUAUGGAUCCUGUCAUAGACAAGUAUGAGAGACACGAAGGUAGUAUUACAUGCAUCAAAUGUUCUCCAGUUCGUAAUCUUUUUGUCACUGCUGCGACGGAUAAAGAGAUACGUAUAUACGAUUUCGAACAGCACGCAUGUUUGCGAUCCAUUUCUUGUGAGAAUACAGUUGUGGGAUUAACAUGGUUAAUAGGGAAUUCUGAUGUAUUAGCGACUUACGGCGCCAGUUCAAACAUUAGACUGUAUAACGUUACAGACGGAAAACUUGUAACAAAUGUAAAAUUCGAGUCAUCUGACAGGGAAAAUGUUAGCUGUUUACGUGUAAAUGGCAAAAAGGACAUGGCAGCGAUUGGUGACACUCAAGGAAAUUUAGAAAUCUGGAGAAUCCCACGACAGUUACCCUAAACAUGUUUCUGUUUAAUUAGUAAUUAUUGCUUUUUCUCCAUUGUAUAAUUGUUGCUUUUUUAUUGCACUUUAUGUAAAAUAUAUUAAUUUUUGUACAACA